GAGGUAAUAUCUCAUCUCAUCUCUCUUCGAAACUUUCUUUUUCUUUUCUCACAUACUUUUUCCCUGUUUUCUAAUGGCGCCAAAAGCAGAGAAGAAGCCCGCAGAGAAGAAGCCUGCCUCUACAGCAGCAGAGGAGAAGAAAGCUGAGAAGGCUCCUGUAGGUGAGAAGAAGCCCAAGGCCGAGAAGAAGCUGCCCAAGGAGGCCGCUUCUUCUGACAAGAAGAAGAAGCGAUCGAAGAAGAAUGUUGAGACCUACAAGAUCUACAUCUUCAAGGUCUUGAAGCAGGUUCAUCCCGAUAUCGGUAUCUCUAGCAAGGCUAUGGGUAUCAUGAACAGUUUCAUUAACGAUAUCUUUGAGAAGCUUGCUCAGGAGUCUUCAAGGCUUGCAAGGUACAACAAGAAGCCUACUAUCACUUCCAGAGAAAUUCAGACCGCUGUACGCUUGGUGUUGCCAGGAGAACUUGCCAAGCAUGCCGUUUCUGAAGGAACCAAGGCCGUCACUAAGUUCACCAGUUCUUAGGGUUUCGUGGAUAAUAGUUACUGUUGUUACUGUUUCUAGGGUUUCUAUGCCCUUCAAUUACUGAUGUAUUGCAGUUAGGGUUCCUUGGCUGUAAAGAUUAGCUUUUUUGGUUUUUUUUUUAUGUUCUUUGUUUAGAUUUCCCUUUCUCCUUCUGAUGUAAGUCUCUGGCCUGCUGUCAAUGAAUAUCAUCGUUUU